GUUGUUGUGCAGGGUCCCACAAAACAAAGCGAGUAGUACGUCGCCAUCUCCGUCAUCCCAGGCAAGUUGCCGCUCGAGUCAUCCCUCUGUGUACAGUUUAUUUGCUGAACGAAGUGCGGGAGAUCGAAUCUGGUCGAAAAGAUGUAUUGUACGAUCCGUGCAAUCGCGAUGCAUCGCCGCGCAUCGUCGACCAUCCUCGCUUAUCGUCGGGCAUCGGCGCGCAUCGUCGGGCAUCGGCACGCAUCGUCGGGCAUCGGCGCGCAUGUCUCUGCUAUAGUGGGGGCGCUUCGCGCAUCGCCGAGGUCGGGAGGUGGACUGCCUGGAGCCAGGUUACGAAAGAGGUUGGGAGUGCGUGGAAGUAUCCGGGCAAGAUUUUACUGUUCAAGGAUGUUGGAUACUUCCCCUUCUUGCUCUCCCAAUCUCUUUCAGGAUGGCUUUUCAGCUGGGUUAUCGUCCGAGGAGGGACGAUCUCACAAGCGAGCGGGGUUCUUGGAUAGACAUCUGCGAGAAAUUCGCCGUGCGCGGAAAUCGCCAAAUUGCGCAUUUCAGUAUGGGAAUUUCACCAUCGAGAUGUCAGAUAUUCCCCCAUCACUUGCUCUCAAUCUUUUUCAGGAUGGUUUUACAAUCAGCUUGCCCACCGAGAAAGGUGCUCCUGUUCCCCGGGCAAGCGAGCUGUCCACUGCUACAGUCCUUCCUUUCGAUCGCUCCACGGCCAGCUUUUUGCGGGAGAUUGAUGGAGGAUGGAUACCAAGAGAGAUAUCAGAUGCUCUGCCCUUGAAUUACAUCGAUGGCUGUAUAGUGCUUGAGUUGAGGGAUUAUCGAGAGUCGAUGGGGUCUGCAUUCUUAAAGGAAGCCAUGCAGGCAAAUGUUAAUAGUAGGUCAACUAAGCUUGCAAGGCUUAUUGAAAUCCGGCCAAAGGUGCAUAAGUUGCUACUUCGGCCAACGACGGAAUCAGUAACAAGGGAAAUCGCGGCGCUCGCAGAUGAUUCCUGGACAUAUGAUGACUUCUUGGAAAUAGAAGCAAGAGUUCUGAAGGCAGUGCAGCCGCCAGUCUGUUUAGAUCCGUCUCCUCUUGUUGCGGAGACAGCGGCAAUCAUUAACUACAAUAAGGACAAAUUCAAUGUCCAGCGCAGGAGGCCACAAUGGUAUAAGUUUGGUCAAGUGAAUCCCCCUCAACCGCAGGCAGGUGGAGGUACUGAAGUCCGUCCCAAAGGCGGUGGUCCCACGGUGCCCGCUAAGAAGCAACGACAUGGAAAGGACUCGGCUUCAGCACUACCUGCAGCAACUUCUCCCACUCCUGUUAAUGCAUCGCCGUCCUUGCCGCCAGAUACCACGGAAGGGGAUGCUGCUGUUGCUAUGGGAGGCAAAGCGACUCGCGUCAACAAUUUUGGAAUUACUCCCCUCCCGAAUGGCCAUCUGUCAUCAGCAAAUGGGAAUGCGAAUGGCGUUUUGCUCUCAGGGGUGGCUCCAAAGGGUGGGAAGGGGAGGACAAAACCAAAAGUGGAAUUGACUGCUCCGCAAUCAGAGGCACAGCCUAUGACGAGCGACUCUGCGGUGCAGGUGGAUUCGUCACAAUUGCUUGGCCCAGCGGUAUCACCUGUGUCUGCACCUCUGCAGGUCCCAGAAGCUUCUGCUAAUGGGAUAAAUGCUGCCAUGCCAGGUCCGGUGAUUGAGCCCACUGCAGCGCUGGGUGCAAGAGUAGAUGUCAAGCCCGUAGCACACAUGGAGUCUGGUAAACGACCAAGGGAGGCGGAGGCAGCGUUGCGUGCAGAAGCAAAGAGGCAAAAACAGGAGCAGGCGAGGUUGCUGAAGCUUCAGAGAGAUUUACAGAGGGCUCAAGUGAAACAGGAGAAGGAGAACCAGAAGCGGCAGCAACAACAACAGAAACAAUUUCUGCGUGCACAGAAGCAGCAGGCACAAAAUGCUGCGCGCACUGCAUCUCCUUUUCCUCCACCACCUCCUCUUCCCCCUCCAUGUUCAGGUCAACAGGCACAGCCAGAGAUGCAGUCCACUGCAUCGCAAACAGAUGGCAUUUCAAGAGUCGAGAGGACUGGAGCUGUGGAAAUGACUUCUAUGGCCGUUAUGACCGAACUUGACGCCAAGGCGGAGGUGCCAGUCGACGCUACCAAGCAGCAUGCUACUGAACUGCAAGACGCAGAUCAGACUCUGAUUGCGUGUGUUCCUAGUCAACAUCCUGGCAUUUGGGAGUGGCAAGUUCCUCGUCAGGCCAAUCCCCCAGUCCAGCAACAGGCAGGAUAUGGCGGGGACUGCCCACAGCUCUGGCCUCAGCCUGAGUCAGAGGGCAGAAGCGGGGCAGUGCCACCACAAUCUUCUGCUCAGCAGUCAGGAGGACAUCGCAAAGGCUCGGUUUUGGAUGCGCCUCUGCCAACAGAAAUGGAUGAAACUUUGCUGGAAAAUCGACCUCUCUCGGAGAAACCUGAGGUUGACGACCUUCUCUUCGCUCUCAACAUGCAAGCGGACGCAAAGUCCCUUCUGCAAGAUGUUGCCCCUGCACAGGUCUGUAGCAGUGGACAGCUGUCCCUUCCCGAGUCUAGAGUGUUGGUUAGGGAGGAUUCGAUAUGUUCUCAGCGUUUGCCACCAUCGCCAAUCCAGCAGGAGUCCUGGGUGGGAGAGGUGCGUGAUACCUCUGUACAGAACUCGGUAAAUCAUUUGGGUGGUGUUGGCGGUGAAGGCCGUCCAGAGUCGACGAAGGCGGAAUCCCUGCCUGGUCUUGAGAGGCAGUGCUCGCCAAGUGUUACUGAAACGGCAGCACUAGGUUCCCAGCCUACAGCUGUAAUGGAGUGUGUGGAUGCAGGGAAACAGGGUGAUCCUGCAGGAAUUGCAGGGUCCGGUGCGUGCCAUUUGAUAUCUACGCCGGGCGGCCAGCUGCCAGCCGAUGAUCUUUCGCAGCUGAGAUCUCGCUCCUUCACAGAACGGCAGCAGAGAACGCAGCUGGAGUCCCAGCAGCAGUCAGAAAAUUCAUCCCAGGUGCAUGCUGAAGCUCAGGGAGCUUUGCUCCCGCGUCCUCAGCAGCAGCCGUUCUUACCAAGGUCGGACUGCGAGGCAGAUGAGAAGUUGCUGGCACAACAGGAUGGUGGAAAUUUGCCCACACAAGCAGAUACUGGCUGGAAAACCAUGGUGCCGAAUCUAGUCUGUUCAGAGCAGUGUGAUCCGCUGAUGGAUUUGCCCCCGCCGCUGUCAUCAGAAGAACCGCCACAGCCACUGAAGUCAACUCUACGGCAGUCGUCUUGUUUCAAAACUGCUUUGCAGGACAAACAUGCACAGACAGGCGUGAAGCCAGAAAACCAGCCUGGAGAGCCGAGGGGUCUGCCGAUGCUGCCUCUUCCCGUCCGCGUGAAGCAGGAACCUCCAUCACCCGAUGCAUUACAGCCAGUAGACACACCUGUAAUUCCACCCCCUGUACAGCUUCCUCCUGCUUCCCUGUCAGAGAUCAGUGAAGAGCAUUCGCAUCUGAUCAGCCGGGGUGUAGAAGAUGGACAGGAGCCGGCAGAUGUGACACUGACAGAACCCCCCAUGAACUCGCUACAGAGCGAGAAAGUGCCGCUCAAGGCAGCCAUUCCACCCCUUGUACAGUCUUCGAUGCCCCUUCCGUGCCAGCAACCUCAAACGUCACAGCAGCAGAAACAACUUCAACCCCCGCCUCUCACCAUUCACCAAACCACACCGAUGACGCACACAUCGUCUCCUCCCUUUGCAGCCCAAUCACCUCUUUAUCCAUCACCACCACCUUCCUCCCAGGUAUUCUCUCAAUCCUUUUCCUUGCCCCAAGCUCGACAAGAGAACAACAUCCAACUGGUCACUCAGCAGACUGUUCCAAGGACAUCUGUUGUUGAUGCACCGGUUGUACCGACCCCUGACCAAAAGGAGACAAACAUGAACAUGCAUCUUGUUCAAACCAACCCUCUUGGAUCGCCACUCCCACAAUUUGAUUCGUAUGCUUCUCCACCGUUCUCUCAGCCAAUGCGGGUGGUAAAGUCUGAAAGAGCUUUUGCAGGUGAAACUCCAGUGAAGGUGGAGAAGAACGUGAAGGUCGAAAAAUUGGCGGAGCUGGAAAAACACGUGAAGCAAGAGAUUGUGGUGAAAUCAGAGGUGGUUGAUGUGAAGAUUGAGAAGGAGAUUGUCACAGUUAAGACGGAGCCAGCGAUGAAGAAGCGGCAGGCAGCGCCUUCAGGGGCCCUCCACAGGUCCAAGAUGCCGAAAACUGAAGUGAAGCCGUCGGUGUCAGUUCCGGCACUCUCUUCACCGGUCUCCACAUCGUCUGUUGGGGAUGUCGGAGUAGUCCCACUGAUAAGCUCCCCAAGGCCCGGCACAGUCGCGUCACCCUCACUUUCUUCAACUGCAAUGGGCAAUUCAUUUCAUUGCUCAUCGCCCGCCUACGCAACACAUAGCUGGGGGACUCUGGGAUGGGGAGGGACAAACAUCAGGACUAUGGGCUCGUCGGUCUUAGCCUGCAACCGAGCAGGGAGGGUUGGCCAAGGAAUGCCCGGUGAGCCAGGAAUAUGUGUUCAAUCGCCAGAGGGCCCUUCAGCACCUUUGCAAGGCCAGCAGUCAGUGGAGGUGCAGACUGAAUCGGAUGACCUUGGACCUGUUAAGGCAAAAUUUGCUAAGUUGGUCCAGUUCAUUAAUAAGCAUAUUCCAAAGAAACCGGUUAAGAAGGAGGAAGUGCGAAAGACCGGACCGGCUCAGCCCUCAUGGCAACUCUUGCAGUUUGCACUGGCAGAUAACAUAGAGGAAGGGAAGGAGCUGCUAGCAAGCCAGAAAGGUCUGGUGGGUUUUGGAGGGAGCAUAAAUGCUCCAAGGACAAGGACUCUUCGUUUUCAAGCUCAACACAUGCUGCAUGCUGUUCGACUAACCUUCGGCUGCUCUCCAAACAAGGAGACUGUUGACGCCGUCCUUGUCAUGGAGGAUCGCGAUCCGUUGAGCGGUUAUGUAGAUCGUGUACAUUUUGAUCUGCGAACAUUCCGCUCUCCAUUUGCGGCUGAUAUAUUUGCAACUCAGUACACUGCGCUGAUGCUAAAGGACAACUACAUCCUGCUGGAGGAUGUUAUUCGGACGCAAGCAACACCGGGGAUUGCCGGCACUCAGGCAGGAUUUCAAGCGGGCACGGGAGCAUCAAGUGCGGGGCUGUCUAACAGUUCGAUGGGAAUCGCCAUCGGGGCCAUGCGGGUCCAAGGAAAUCCUCUUGCUUCUGCUGCAGGAGUGAUUGCCAACGGGCACGUGCAACCUGGAAUGGGGGUCUUGCCGGCUUCUCUCGCGUCAGCUCAGCGCAUGCCUCCCCCUGGCACGCCUCGGCAGCUCAUCCAUGCGCAUGUGGGCAUGCCGACUGUGGGUACAAUAGGCAAGUUAGCUCAAUCAGAUGCUGUACAGCAGCAGCAGCAGCAGCAGCAGCAGCAGCAGCAGCAGCAGCAUUUACUGCAGCAACAGCAACAGCAAUACGCACAGCAUCUCAAGAUGCAGAACCAUAUUCAGCGUGCGCAGGUGCUCCCUGCACAGGCCUAUAGCUCAUCGAUACAGCUCGGAUCGCCGUACGCAGCUGCCGUUCAAGGCGGCGCGCAGCUCGCAGCGAGCCAGAUGUUGACUGGUCAUGCAGGCCAGCCGCAGAUGCCACAGCUUUCUUCACUGCAACAUUUUCAGCAGCUGCAGCAGCAGCAGCAGCAGCAGCAACAGCAGCAAGGCAAGCCAUAUGAACCUGCCCAACAGCAGCUUAUGCUGCGUAGGAGGGCGGUUGGUUCCGGGGCUGGCGGUUUGGCCAAUGUGGCGCAGGUUUCCAAUCUAUCAGGGUAUGCUGGUGUUGCGACGGGCAUCAGUGGUGUUGGUAUCCCUGUGUCGAGCAGCGGGAACAUGGGAGGGAUUGCAACCAUUGGCGGCAUGACCACUAUGAAUGGGAUGGGAUCGGUGGGCGUAAUCCCUGGGAUGAGUGGUAUGACCGCCAUGACUGGGGCCAACGGUGUGCCCGUGCUUGCCGGAGGUUUGACACCGAUGACUGGGAUUCCGACUCUGGGCACUGCAGUACAAGGGACCGCAACGUCGCCAGUCGGAGUUGCAACGGUCAUGAGACAAGCCUCAGGGACCACAACAGCGACACAAGCUUCGUCAUCCAAGCGGGGAUCGGCUCAGUCUCGGUCAAGAGGGUCCCCCAACAGCGGACUCGGCUCUCCACCUUUAUCAGGUGACAGCUCAGCUCCAACGCGAUCCGCUCCAGGAGGCGGCGGCGGAAGUCCUGGAGUGAUCAUGUCACAGCCGAUUGGCAGCACAGCUGCGUCGAGUUUGACGGUGAGUAGAGCGAAUACUGUAGGUUCGCGUGUGGCUGCCAAGGGUAUCCCUGGUCAGCCGGGAAUGACGGUCCAGGGAACCGUUCCCGGCUCUGUUGCUGCUGGGUAUGCUUACGCAAUACCACAAAUGGGCACGCUGAUGGGUACGGCGGUGGUCCAGCAGCACCCAUCCGUUGCACCUGGAACACCGACACCGUAUCAAGGCGUGCCUGUCAGAAGCCGAAGUGGACGACAGACAGCAGCAGCACAUACGCCACCUGCAACCUGACCAGAGGCAGGCAGUUUCACUCUGUCAUUCCUAGAGUGCAGCUUAUGCGAUUUGUGUCAACGAAGUCCAGCUUAAUGGGAUAGAGAGUUUUUAGCACAAUCAGGCCCAUCAUUUGUACAGUAUGUUGAAUACAGGAGUCAUUGUUUUCUCUUCACAUGCCUCUGGGGGCAUAAUUGCUUAUUUUUUAUUUUAUAUGAUUGGAAGUUAUUCCCUCGAAGCGGGGUGCUGUCAUUACGAUGUUAGGAUGGUAUCGUGCCUUUUGGCAGUGGAUACCAUAGUGGUCAUAGGUCUGGUGCUAGCAGUCAAAUAAGAUUUUGUAGGUUUGAUAUUUAUUAGAGAAGAUUUUUUUCCCCCCCUCCCUGUUGGCAAUAAAAAAAUCGUUGCUCU